CCCACACCGCCAUGAAGGAUCUGUUCACCUCCCAGAAGCAAGCCUGCUGGCAGGAGCACAUCCGCAAGGAGACUGCGGCUCGGGUGGCCUGGAACCUCAAGCACGGCCACAAGCACCCAGAGGGAGCCUUGCCCAGGAAGCGGCCUCAGAAGGCCCCCUUCCGGUCGGUCCUGGAAGCGGGGCCAUCGCAGGCCACCAGCGCCCCUGACAGCAAGGAGGUACCUGCUGGAUGGCCAGAGACCAGGGGGCUCCAGGGUCAGCUGUCCAGGGGAGUGGGUGUCCAGGGCCCUGCGCCCAAGGUAGACAGAGGCUGGCAGGCCCAAAAACCAACUCGGGGGCCUGCAGAUCAGACCAAACCCGUGGGCUCAGGGAUGAGGCAGGUCCCCCCCAGCACCCUGCAGCUGCUCUUCCAAGGCGUCUCCCACGACGGCCAAGGCCGGGCCUCGUACCUCCGGGAGCGGUAUCAGCAGAAGCCCGAGGAGAAGUUUCUGUACCCGAUAGUGUCAUCCUGGGAGUACGGCUGGCACAUGGGGGAAGCCAUGAAGGACACCAAGCCGCCAACUUAUGCCAGGUUCCAGCCUAUCACAAAGAGCUUUUACAUCAAAAGUAACAUCUUCCAUGUCUCACGGCGAACAGACCAGCUGAUGUGAAUGAGCUGGGGGUUCAGAAGCUGCUCCUUCCUUUUCCGAUGGUCCACGUGGACCCUGCAGGGCAGAGACGCUGCCAGCACCACCCACCCCCUCUCUGUUCUGUCCGAGCAGGGGAGGGGCACGGGUCUACUCUAAGGUGGGAUUCAGGGGGCCCCACCUGCUGCCACCUGUCUGCCCUCAGAGACCCUAGCUAUUUGCAGAGCUCCCCACCCCUGCCAUCACCAUUGCCAGCCAAGCCACUCCUGGGAGGCAAACAAUGGAACCUCUAAGUGUUUCAGCAGCAGACCUGGGGCAGGGGAGGGGGCUCUUUCAGUUCUCAAGGUGCUAAGUGGAGCCGGGUAUGGGGGGCACCUCCCUGGCCUUACUCUACAUUCUGUUGAAGGGACCCGGAGCAGAACUGCUGAGUCCCAGGGGAGCCCACAGUUUAGGGAGGAAGUCGUUUCCCUGUUUACCUUCUGCACACACCGCCCUCCCCCCACCCCACCCCGAGAACCUGUAAGGAUCAGGGUUGCCUCACUGCUAUAACAAACGGCCCUGAAUCCCAGU